AUGGAGGAUAUAGAAGAUUUAUUGGUGGGGAGUGGCGGGGCACCACCUGGGUUUCGGUUGCCCUUGGCGGCGCCAGGCGUUGGAGUCAAUCCCAAGCAGAAGAAGCCAGUCCGAGACUCUCUCACUUCCCCUUAUUAUUCCAAAAUCCCUGGCACCCAGACAAUUUAUAUGAAGACUUUUGGAUGUUCUCAUAAUCAGAGUGACAGCGAAUAUAUGGCAGGUCAACUUUCAGCAUUUGGUUAUGCUCUGAGUGACAUUCCAGAGGAGGCAGACCUGUGGCUGAUAAAUACCUGCACAGUUAAGUCCCCAAGUCAGUCUGCCAUGGACACUCUGAUAUCGAAGUGUAAAAUUGCAAAAAAGCCCCUGGUGGUAGCAGGUUGUGUGCCUCAAGGAAGUCGAGAUCUGAAAGAGCUAGAAGGGGUCAGUAUAGUUGGAGUCCAGCAAAUUGAUCGUGUGGUAGAAGUUGUAGAAGAGACUUUAAAAGGUCACGAGGUGCGGCUUUUAACCCGCAAGACAUUGCCGGCACUUGAUCUUCCAAAGGUGAGAAAGAACAAGUUUGUUGAGAUUCUUCCAAUUAAUGUUGGUUGUUUAGGUGCUUGCACAUAUUGCAAAACGAAGCAUGCUCGCGGUCAUCUAGGAAGCUAUACAGUUGACAGCCUUGUUGGGCGUGUCAGAAAUGUCAUAGCUGAUGGAGUGAAGGAGAUUUGGUUGAGUAGUGAAGACACCGGAGCUUAUGGUGAAACUGAUGAAGAUUUUGCUCAAACAGUGAACCUUGUCAAAGAGUACAAGUUUCCUCAAGUUCAUAUAUCACAAUUCUAUCCCCGACCUGAAUGGGGUGUCCGAAACAAAGAAUCGACACCUGGUGGAGUUGUGCAGGGCUGGGCCAUGCUAAAGGCCAAGGGAGUUCCAAAUCUUUCUUUGAGCAAUAGCGCGAGACAAAGCUUCCUUGGUAAUUCAGCCCUCAAAACGAACCAAAAUAGGCUAUACUACGUCACACCUCUUGUGCUUGAUGAACUAUGUGGACUGUUUCUGAUGUACAGUCUGUUCCUGAGUUUCUUUCAAAAUCCAGGUACCCCUGCUGCAAGGAUGAAAAAAGUCCCAAGUACUGUAGUAAAGAAUCGGAGCCGUGAAUUGACUGCUGUUUUUGAGUCUUUCACCCCGUAUCAUGGAAUGGAAGGCAAAGUAGAGAGAGUAUGGAUUACUGAAAUUGCAACUGAUGGAAUUCACUUGCUGUUCCUGAGUUUCUUUCAAAAUCCAGGUACCCCUGCUGCAAGGAUGAAAAAAGUCCCAAGUACUGUAGUAAAGAAUCGGAGCCGUGAAUUGACUGCUGUUUUUGAGUCUUUCACCCCGUAUCAUGGAAUGGAAGGCAAAGUAGAGAGAGUAUGGAUUACUGAAAUUGCAACUGAUGGAAUUCACUUGGUGGGUCACACAAAGGGAUACAUCCAAGUUCUCAUAAUUGCUCCAAAUAGCAUGCUGGGGACUUCAGUUGUUGUGAAGAUAACAUCUGUAGGAAGGUGGUCAGUUUUCGGGGAAGUCAUGGAGACUCUCAACCAAAGGGAUGAGGAUACGAGUUCAAGUGGGAGAAUGGGUGGUGAUGACAAUUGUUCUCCCUGCUUCAACCUCGAUGAGCCCUGUGCAUGUUCAAGGGAGCCUGAAUCUUGUGCUUGUGAACUGAAUAGUUGCUGUGGACAAAAGCCAUUGGAUGAAAGAACGGUUCCAGUUCCGAAGAAUGACUCGCUGCCAGCAGAUCAAAUUAGCCGAAAUCUCAUAGGGUGGUUAAUAAGGAAGCGGAAGAACCAUUACCAAAAGACGCAGGAAAAUGGAUUUGUGUUGGAAUCUAAACAAAAGCAAGACCAGGCCCUAGGCAGCAUACUUGAGUGGAGUCGUGUGGACACUCUACUUUUGGGUGGAAUACUUGUAAGCUUGUUGACAAUUGUGGCUCUGCUUUCAUAUCUGCAAUCUUGGAAUCUAUCAUCAGAAUGA